CAACAAUGCCACCAGAACGAUCCCGUGCAACUGACUUCGAUUAUGAUGAUCAAAGGCAUCAUGACCGUAGACGUCCCGCUUCUCCACGUCGCUCACGAACUCCUCCAUCUCCACGCCGUCGGACUCGAUCUCCGGACCCCUCCUCUCAUCGACACGCUCCAGAUACUAGAGGAUCACCCGAUUACGAUAGAGGAAAUGACCGUAGUAGAAUGAGAAUGACUCCUGAUAAAGCGCUUGAUGACCGAGGUGAUCGAGGCAGGACGAGACGUAAUGAAGGUGGAUCAGGUUACGAAGAAGAUCAUAAGGGUGGUGGCGGAGAUCAGUCGUAUGGAAGAGGAUAUCAACGUACAAAUUAUGCGCAAGGAGGAAGGGAUGACUUUUUCGAGAGCCGGCGACUCGAACGAGAACAUGCAGAGGUCUCAUUUUGGCCUAGAUCACCAACGCAUGCAUACAAACAAGAUUCAAAAGACGAUUCAAAAGAAAAGGGAAAGAAACACAAGAGUUCAAAGUCCGAAUCCAAAUCGAAGUCCAAAUCGAAAUCCAAAUCCAAAUCAAAGUCUCGUCAUCAUAAACGAUCGAAGUAUAGUGACUCAGAAUCUGAAGAUGAAAGUGACUCUGAGGAUGACGAAAGAAGACAUUCUCGUUCAAAACAAAAGCAUCUCUCACAUCACCAUUCGUCACGUCAUGAACGAGAUUCAAGCCGUAAACGUCGUCAUCAAAGUUCUACGCCAAGCAUCGAUGAAGAUGAGCCAGAAGCUACCCGCGAAGAAGAAGAAAUUGUGUGGGAGGAAAAAUCAGUGAUGAGAGCCCCAGCUACUCGUAAGGAAAGUAUCAAAGGACCAUCUCUUCCAGCUCCUCCGGUCUUGGCAGUUGUAGAAGCUCCAGAAGAGGACUCGGACUCAGAUCCAACAGAAGUGGGACCGAUGCCGUAUAAUCCGGUCACGGGUAAAGCCAUGGAUCCCAAAGAAUUCGGUCGUGCGCUGCGGCCCGGUGAAGGUAGUGCAAUGGCUGCAUUUAUUGAAGCCGGUGAACGUAUCCCUCGUCGUGGUGAGAUUGGUUUGAAAGGUCCACAAAUUGAAAAGUUUGAGCAAGCAGGAUAUGUGAUGUCAGGUUCAAGGCAUAGAAGAAUGAAUGCAGUCCGAAUCAGGAAAGAAAAUCAAGUUAUCAGUGCUGAAGAGAAGAGAGGGAUUCUCAAGAUGCAAGCCGAAGAGAAAUCUAAGAGAGAAGGACAAAUUAUUUCUAGCUUUCGUGAACUGGUCGAUACAAAAUUACAGGAGACUUCUUAGAGGGACUGUUUUUGUCAGAUAAAUUCACUGCUAUUGUCGCUAUGUAAUAUACAUCAUCAUUUUUGUUUGCGUC